AUGGCCGUUUGGUGGGAGCCAACGCAGGAUGAGUUUGCAGACAGAAAUGGUGAGUCGCCCUUCGUGGUACCCGAAUUUCUGGAAACAAGCAAUUUCCAGCAUCUCUACAAGGGUACUGGAGAGCCGCGACCAGUGGAUGCAAAAGACCUGGCGGCCUCCUUCGCAUGUGCGGUGAACGCUUUCGUGCAGCACUACUGGACGUGCCUCAAGGACUAUGAGGUCACGUUAGACCGGCAAGUUGAAGGGUCUGGUCACCUUGCACUGGAGGAAAUGAUGCCUCAAUGGCACGAUGACCUGGUGGAUCAUUUCAGUGUUGGUGUGGAUCUAGAGGCAACCAUCAAAAUGUACACAAGCGGGACCAUGGUGGCUGUUCGCAGAAUCUUUCGCUGCUGCGCAAUGGAGGCCGAUGGCUCUGUCUACCCACGCGACUUCUUGCUACCUGCAAGCUUCAAAGUAGGACAGGUUGGGCGGCCUGCUUCAAUUGUAUCCACUGAUGAAGAGGGGAAUUCGAGGCAAACUUUAUUCCGACCCUUCCAGUAUCCGGAGGACAUUCCAGGUUUGGAUUAUCAUGCGUUCAUCAACACAAAUUUUUCUGAAUGGACCGGGAGACGUCCCAUUCACUUCUUUGAGCGAAAGCCGUUCCAUAGAGCUUUGAAUUGUGCAAUCUCGCAAGAUGCUUCAAAUGUCCUGAGAGCGGUGAUGCCGAUCAUCAUGGACAUGAACUACUUCAUCAACUCGGUGCAUCACCAGGGUGGCGUUUUUUACAGUGGUGUGGGCAUUGGCGAGUCCAUUCGAUUGGUAAAAGAGGGCGUGAAGCUGCGCAUGCCACGGUUCCUAUCGACAACAACAGAGCUGAAAUUUGCAAAGUCGCGCUUGACAGAUAAAAUUGGGCCAGCCUUAUUGGUUGUUCGGGUACCACAAGGGUUCUGGGGCGCACGUGAUAUUUCUGCUUUCUCCUCCUGCCCUGAGGAAUACGAGACGAUGUUUUGUGCAUAUGCAUUGUUUACCGUGGAGCGGAUAUCCACAUUCAGGAUGCUCGGAGAGCAGGUAACGCGCAUUGACCUCAAAGCUUUAGACAAGUAUGAAGGCAUCGAUUAUGCUGAUGACUUGUACCCGCCUUGUCACGCCCAUAUUGAUCUGGCAGACGUCAAUGGGCACGGGAGUUACGUACGCCAGAACUCCUAA